AUGAAGUUCACCUGUGAAAUCUGUAGCGAGAACUUCGUAGACAAGGAUUCCUUGAUGACUCACACAACUAUGCAUAACUUUAUGGAGUUUCAACAAUGUAACGCUUGUGGUACUACGUUCAACGACGCGUACAGCCUAAAGGAGCACAACCGUUUGUACCACUACGAUCCAACAACGUUGAUUCAAGAGAAGCUCGAAGGUGAUAGUCCGCAGAAUACCACGGAGCACAAAUGCGACGUCUGUGAGAAGAUUUACAAGUACAAAUCGGUCUUGAAGCAACACAAAGUGAAAGCUCACGAUGAUAUGCCAAAUUACGAAAGACGUCGAUAUUUAUGCGCUCUUUGCGGGAAAGAAUUAAAAACUGCAAAAGGUCUCGAAAUUCACAAUCGAUCGCACACCGGCGAAAAGCCUUACACCUGCGAGGUGUGUGGCAAGUGUUUCACCUGUGAAACAUUGCUCAGGACUCAUAAUGUCACGCACACUGGCGAGAGAAAAUAUUCUUGCGACCAGUGUGGCAAAGCUUUCACGCAGAGAUCCACGUUGGUCGUGCAUAAACGUUAUCAUACCGGCGAACGACCGUAUGUUUGUCCUCGAUGUGGAAAAGGUUUCGUCACCAGGACUGUCCUGAACACUCACAUGAAGUCCUGUCGUUGA